UGGUAUUUCAUGUAAAGAGAUAUUUGAAUAACUUGCGUGUCAGGAACGAAUGAUUAUAUUGACGAUAUUUUUACUCGUAUCGCUCUGUUCGAUUUUUAAAUUGAGGGAGCCACUAUCUUGUCGCCACUAUCGAGUAUCUCCGACUGGUACGAGAAGUAUACGAGCUAUACUACUGGAUAGUUAGAGACAAGCGUCCCCUUUGUGCCUUUGAAUUUCGAUUAUUGACACGUGUACGCUGAGUCCUUUUUUGUCAAACUUUAUACUUAUUUCUAUAAGAUUGACGAAAUAAAUACGAAAAUGAGGAUACUUUGUGUAUUGUGCACUUUGCUCGUCAUCACUGUUACUUCGUUAGCACGUCCGCAGGAUGGAGAAAAUGCCACCAAGAUUACUACUGCUCUACCUUUGACAACUGCUAUUAAAAAAAAUGAUUCUCUGAGCGGUACACCAGCAUCAACGGGAAAAUCUAACGAGAAACCUAACAAUGUUAUUGCCUAUACCAUUCCAAGUGUUACUACUGUUGAAAAACAAAAGGAACAUGCAGAACUUAUGACUACACCCACAAAAACUGCGAUUCUUGUAACAUCAGAUCCAAAGGUCGAUUCGACUUUUGCAAUUACAUCAAGCGAUAAAAUCUCUAAUACUACUGCUGCUGCACCAACCAUUGCCACAACUACUACUACUACUACUACUACUGUUUCUAGUACUGCAUCUGGUAUCAUCACUACAACCAAUGCAGUUCCAACUAAAACUAGCAAUUAUUCUAAUAUAACUACAGCUAUACCAGUUACAACCGCAUGCCCUCCAAUACCGGGUCGCCAUUUUGAUGGUCUUAGCUUUCUAGGUGGCAUAAUUUUAACCAUCUGCUUAAUCGGAAUUGGCAUUUUUCUUUGCAAAUAUUGUCAACAUAUCUGCGAAGAUAAAUAUCGUACUCUAUGACUUAUUAUAUAGUUCUAUUGUAAAAUAUUUCAUUUUUCUCUAUACCACUGAUAUAUAGAUCUCAGAAUUAUAGAUCAUAUUUUUAUUUUCGUUA